AUGGCUCCACGCGAGAAAAGCCAAUUAAAACGAGGCCGAGAAUCUCCUCCCUCGAAGGAUGAUAGCGAUCCGUCCAAGAAACCUCGACGCUCUGGCCGAUUAUCUCAAAAGUCAGAGAACGCCGAACAAAUCAAAACCCCUGUCGUCACCAACAAGCAGAAGCUACCCUCUCCACUAACGCACCAAACCGAUAGUGAUGAGCUAUACAAAGAAGCAACAGCCGAACCGCCCGAUGGACGACCUAGUCAAGUCACCCACCGCACUGCCGAAGAAACAUUUUCCCAGGCUCAAAUACUCUCGUCGCCUCCCCAGGACACCCAAGCUUUCUCUCAAUUAGUCGAUACUACUGCUGCGGCUUUAUCUGACGAGGUCCAGGAUGAGGAAAAGGAAGGUGUCUGGGGAUAUCUAUUCCCACUUGACGCAAGGCAUGGCGGAAGAUGUGUGGUUUUGAAGAAACGAUCGACAUGUCCUGUGACCGGGGAUGUCAAGAGCGCCUUAACGACAAAUAAACCUGCUCCUCCUCUCAAACAGGAACAGAGCUAUGAGAACUCUAAGGCCAAGGGGAUACCUUCAGGCGGGUAUUUGAUUGGCCGCCAUCCUGAAUGCGAUAUCAUUGUGGACGAUGUAAUUGUUUCCAAUCGGCACUGUCUGAUAUUCACUGAAAAUAAGGGAGAUGACACAGUCGCUAUUCUCGAAGAUUUGUCAAGUAACGGAACCUUUGUGAACGAAGCUAUCGUUGGAAGAAACCAACGUCGCGAACUCCAAGAACAAGAUGAGAUCGCUGUUAUGGACAAAGCCCGAUUCAUCUUCCGUUACCCACGAAGCCGAGCCUCCAGCGCCUUCUCACAGCAGUAUACCCUCCUCGAUCGACUGGGCAAGGGUCAUUUUGCUGAGGUAUACCUGUGCGUAGAGAAAUCUACCGGCCUACGAUACGCUGUCAAGAUUUUCACGAAGAAUCCAGGCAUGGAUGAGAGGUCCAAAACGGAUGGGUUGCAACAAGAGAUUGCAGUGCUGAUGGGUGUCAGCCAUCCUAACGUUCUGUGUCUAAAGGACACUUUUAACGAGAAAAAUGCUGUAUACUUGGUGCUGGAGCUUGCCCCAGAAGGGGAACUGUUUAAUUUCAUUGUGAUGAAGCAGAAACUAACGGAAGCGGACACGAGGAAACUAUUCAUCCAGCUGUUCCAGGGCAUCAAGUAUCUGCAUGACCGAAAUAUUGUUCACCGGGAUGUCAAACCCGAGAAUAUCUUAUUGGUCAACAAAGACCUUCACGUCAAACUAGCUGAUUUUGGUCUUGCUAAAAUUAUUGGAGAGGAAUCAUUUACGACCACUCUUUGCGGCACUCCUAGCUACGUUGCUCCGGAAAUAUUGGCCGAAGGGAGAAAUCGAAAAUAUACUAAGGCGGUUGACAUCUGGUCGCUCGGAGUGGUACUAUAUAUCUGCUUAUGUGGAUUCCCCCCGUUCUCGGAUGAACUUUAUAGUCGCGACUUUCCCUUGACCCUCCAACAGCAGAUUAAGAGUGGUCGGUUCGACUAUCCUUCGCCUUAUUGGGACUCCGUAGGCGAUCCGGCAUUGGAUCUUAUUGAUCAUAUGUUGGUUCCGGAUGCGGAUAAGCGUUACACAGUUGAUCAGUGUCUCGCUCAUCCCUGGAUAACACAAAAGCUGGUAGGCGUUAAUGAUAGCACAGACGGUCUCGUAGCUGGUAUUGGCGGUCUUGAAAUGCAACGUAGAGGUGCAGUUCGGGAACGGACAUUGCUCAGUUCUAUCAACUCGGUGCAAGUCGCCAACAAGAUUCCGCUAGGCCCGGAUGCCAAGAAGGGGCCUCUGAAAUUAUACGCCAAAAACCCUACGGCAGAUGAGAAGGCGGCAACGAAGGAAGCCCGGCCAGCGGACCAGCGUGCCACGAAGGAGUUUAUGGAAAUGGGCGGAAAGGGUGAUCAGGAAUUAUUUGGCGACGACUCGAUGAGUUUCUAUUCCAAACCUGAAGCUAUUGCGGCCAAGGGUAAGGCAAAGGGAAAGGGGAAGGGGAAGGCUAACGGGAAAUAA